CACCGAGUGCACUGGUGUAGCAAGGACUCCACUAGGAGUCAGCCAGCCACCGAAGGACUGAGUCAGAAAUAAUACUCUAAAGUUGCUCACGUAAAAAGUGACUGAAUACACACAGCCCAAACUGCCGGAAGUACCAGAGAGAGGAAAAAAAAACCUUUCAGGAGGUGCAAUGUAACCCACUGUAACGGAAUAAUAUAAUAUAAUUCUCACAAGGAAAACACAUUUCCCGGACUCAAAUCCUUUGUUUUAUACAUAGAGGUGUUAAAGAAACGCUUUUUUAGGGGGCCAUCGGGAUUCGGGUCGUUUUAUAAGUUUAUUUUCCCAUGUGUACAAUGGGGCUACCGACACUGGAGUUCAGUGAUUCUCUAUUAGACAGCCCGGAUUUCAGGGAACGUCUGAAAUAUCAUGAAAUUGAGCUGGACCGGACCAACAAAUUCAUCAAAGAACUCAUCAAAGAUGGGAAUAUGCUUAUUACUGCGUUGAAAAAUUUGUCUGUAGCGGUGCAGAAAUUCUCCCAGUCACUGCAGGAUUUCCAGUUUGAAUGUAUAGGAGAUGCAGAAACCGAUGAUGAGAUUAAUAUUGCUCAGUCAUUCAAAGAAUUUGCUCAGUUGUUAAAUACAGUGGAAGAGGAAAGGAGGAGACUGAUCCAAAAUGCAGACGAUGUCUUAAUUGCACCACUGGAGAAGUUCCGCACAGACCAGAUUGGAGCAGCAAAAGAUGGAAAGAAGAAAUUUGACAAAGAAAGUGAGAAAUACUAUUCAGUAUUAGAGAAGCACCUGAAUUUGUCAUCAAAGAAAAAAGAGACUUUGUUACAAGAGGCAGAUGCCCAGAUUGACAAAGAGAGGCAAAAUUUCUACGAUGCUUCCCUUGAGUAUGUCUUCAAAGUUCAAGAAGUCCAAGAAAAGAAGAAGUUUGAGUUUGUUGAACCACUCCUGGCGUUCCUCCAAGGCUUGUUCACAUUCUACCAUGAGGGCUAUGAGCUGGCACAGGAGUUUGAACCAUACAAGCAGCAACUGCAGUUCAAUUUACAGAACACAAGGAAUAAUUUUGAGAGCACGCGACAGGAGGUGGAAAAGCUGAUGCAAAGGAUGAAGACUGCGGACCAUGAUUACAAAGCACCCGGUCAGUGGACCAUGGAGGGAUACCUUUAUAUCCAGGAAAAGCGGCCCCUGGGGUUCACGUGGAUCAGGCACUACUGCACAUAUGAAAAAGGGAGCAAAACCUUUACAAUGAGUGCCUCCGAAACAAAAUCUGGUGGGAAAAUGAAUGGCCUCAUCAUGAGUCCCCCAGAAAUGUUCAAACUCAAAUCCUGCAUCAGAAGGAAGACAGACUCCAUCGACAAGCGCUUCUGUUUCGAUAUCGAAGUGGUUGAAAGAAAUACCACCUAUCAUGGAAAUCUUUUCAGACCUCUUCACAUUUUCUGUAAAGUCCGGCAUGGCAUCAUUACCCUGCAGGCACUGUCAGAAUCGAACAGAAAGCUGUGGCUGGAGGCAAUGGAUGGGAAGGAACCGAUAUACACUCUUCCAGCGAUACUUAGCAAGAAGGAAGAAAUGUUCCUCAAUGAAGCAGGUUUUAAUUUUGUGAAAAAAUGUAUUCAUUUGGUGGAGGUACGAGGAAUCAACACCCUGGGUCUAUACAGAAUAGGAGGUGUCAACUCGAAAGUACAGAAGCUGAUGAAUGCAGUGUUUGCAACCAGAGCUCCUCCAGACAUGGACAUUGACGCUGACAUGUGGGACAAUAAGACAGUCACCAGUGGGCUGAAAAACUACCUCCGAUGCUUGUCUGAACCACUGAUGACUUUCAAGUUUCACAAAGAAUUCAUCCUUGCUGUCAAGUCGGAUGACCAGAACUACAGGGUUCGUGCAGUCCAUGCCUUGCUACACAAACUGCCAGAGAAAAACCGAGAGAUGCUGGAUAUCCUGAUAAAACACCUGGUCACGGUCUCCACUCACAGCCAGCAGAACCUGAUGACAGUCUCUAACCUGGGAGUGAUCUUUGGACCGACCCUAAUGAGAUCUCAGGAGGAGACUGUGGCAGCUAUGAUGAACAUUAAGUUCCAGAACAUUGUUGUGGAAAUCCUGAUCGAGAAUUAUGAAAAGAUAUUUCAUCAUACCCCAGACCCCAAUGUUCCCCUUCCACAGCCACAGUCCAGGUCCAGCUCCAGGAAAAGCAGAGCCAUAUGUCUGGCCACGGGCUCAAGGAAACCCAAAGGCCACUACACCCCAACGCUGUGUCUAGCUGAUGCAGACAGUGACACCUUCAGUAGCAGUCCCAGCAGCACCCCAAUGGGAAGCAUCGAGUCUCUCUCCUCGCACUCCUCUGAACAAAACAGCUCGUCCAAAACAAGCUCGUCCCAGCAGAAAGACAAGUCUGCGAGCAGCAUUCCAUGGAUCGCCUCACCCGUCUCAUCCAACGGGCAGAAGAGCUCGGCCGGCACCACCAGUCCAGAUUCCAGCUCCAAGGAGGACGCAGCAAAGACAGACGGGGAGUCUGACACACAGAGCCUCUGCUCCGUCACCCAGAGCCUGUCCUCCAUCACACAGAGCCUGUCCUCCGUCACCACUGCUGGGAACACGUCACCCCCGCUGAAUGUGCCCAAAAAACCACCGUAUGGGCUAACAGGGCUGAAACGGUCUGCUGCCCCUUCGCUAAGAUCUCUCCAGCUGACAGGCGGUACCAGAAGUUGUAGUGGUUCAGUCCAGAGUCUCGCCUCACUGGACCUAAAGGAUACCCCGAAACUGCCAGUAAACCCAGAAUUGCCACCAAAGCUGACUGCCAGACGCAGGCUGGACACAUCUGCAAGCAACGGCUAUCAGAGACCCGGAUCAGUGAUUGCAGCAAGAGCCAUGAUGUUUGAAAACCUGAAUACCAAGACAACCCCUGUUGGACGCCAAGCAACGGCAAUGUACUCCUGUAAGGCAGAACACAGCCAUGAGCUCAGCUUCCCCCAAGGGGCGAUCUUUUCUAAUGUGUACCCUUCUGUGGAACCUGGCUGGCUCCAAGCAACUUACGAAGGAAGGACUGGUCUAAUUCCUGAAAAUUACGUGGACUUCCUCUGAUGACUUUUGAACAGGGUCAGAGUAGCUUCAUGGUAUCCAUGGUAACAGAAAUAUAAUGUAUAGUGAUUUGUUGUGCUUUCCAUUUUAAGUGCCUGCACCUGCGGACAUGGAAAAGUAAAGAGAACCUCAAGAAGAGGAUGCCAUUCAGUAAUAUACAGGAGGGUUUCAACAUGUUCCCGAUAGAAAGCCACAGUCACAGAUCUGGGUAAUGAACUGUUCAAUAAAAAGCAGCAUACAUACUAUUAGCUUUUACUGUCUAAAUAGUAAACCGAUGUGUUAUAUGUUUUGGUUCAACGUGAUCAGUGUUAAUAAUGCAAUUAAAAGACAACAUCGUUUUAGUCCAUUUGCAGAGACUGUAAAUCUGUCAAAAAUGGACUGAAAAUUCUCUAAACAUUUUGUAAAGAGGGUCUUGUAUUUAUGAAAUGAAAACCAGUAAAGCAGGUUCAAGGAUCCCUGAAGUAUCAGUAUGUUGUGAAGCUUCUGAAUAUGACAUAUCUACUCGCUGUGGCUAUGAGUGCACUUUGAAUUACUCUUGUGGUACGUAGAUGUUUUUAUUGUUGCCCAUCUGUUACUUUUCUAGAUGUGCAUAAGUGCCUUACAAAAACUAUUUAAAAUGAAAAAUAUUCAACAUUUACAUUAUAAAGAGUAGCAUUGCAUUGCUUUGCUUUAUAGUAACGUUUCUAAUUACCGGUAUGUUGCUUUAAAUUGUAUUUGUUUUUCUUUGGCACACCCAGCAGUUUUGAUUCUAGUUUUAUUAUUAUGCAGUACUUAAAGAUAAAGUAACAAAAAGUGGUUAAAAAACAUAUAUACAUGUUUUACUUGUCAUGCCUUCUGAUGAUGUAUUACAGUUCUAAAAAAGAAUUGUGGGGUUCCAGUAUGUAUUAGCCAGUGCCUUAAAGAAGAAUGCUUUAAAAUAUUAGCAACAUCCCUAUGAUAUUAAAUGGGUAUGUUUACAAUGACUUUUGGAACCCAAAGUGCAACAUUCUUUUUCUAGAAUUCAUAACCAAAUUGAAUUAGUAGAGCUUUAUUAGUUGUUGUGCUGUGGGGGAUCUUAAGGGAACCAUUGAACAAAUAAUUACAUUUUCCAUUCAUAGAAAAAAACUAACAUGACAGCGAGAAAUGGUCAAACAUCUAUUCUAGUGGCGGCGACGAUGGGGUAGAUUUUGGAUCAUUCUAAAAGCUUACAAAUUAUUAAAUUAUUUUAACAGUGCUGUUUCAUUCAUUAGUACAUUUCCUAUGAUUUGUGACAUUCAAAACAUUAGCAUAGCUCUGUGACACAGACACAGACUGGCAAAAAACAUAAACAGGGUUUUAUUGGUAAAAAAAAUAAAUAAACUAGCAUAUAUCAGUUUCGGAGCUCUGCCAUUCCUCCCUCAAAAUGGUUGCAAAAGAUUGCCUGUUCAACUGGCAUUAAAACCUAAGCCAUACAUUUCACUAGAAAACCACUGCUCCCAGCACGGAACUAACUGCAUACACCAAAGCUCCUCCUUAUAUACUGUGGCCUGAGCUCCCAGCAUUCCUUGGUUCAUCCUGCCCCUCCCCAUCUAGUACAACAUGACACAAACAGCUUUAGUUAAGUGUAGGUACCUUGGUUUAAUAAACCUCUGUAUUUUGGGUGCAGAUAAGCACCCUGUCACAAUCUCCACAAACUGCAGUGACUCUAUGUGGUACAAAAUAAUAGGGUCAAGUGAAAUUGUAUUACUGUCAUAGCGUUCUACCUCUAUUUUAAUAAAUCUACCCAAUGUGGUAUAUUGGUUUUUCCAGUGCAAUUCAUUAUUGCUUCUCUCAAGCAAUGUAGAAUAAAUAUGAACCAGUCCUAUGAGAAAAAACACCUUGGAUAUUAAAUGAGAUGCGGUAUAAAGCUAGGGCCUUCUUGAGACACAAACUGCAGCCUUUGUCAUUUAUAUAAGUGUUUGUAUAAUGAAAAUCGGCACUUUCUUAUUUAUGUGUUCCCUUAUAAAUGUACACUUACCGGUACACUGGUGUACUGGGGUUAUUAAAUGGUAUUAUAUUUGUCUGUUAAUGGUAAAACAGAGUUUGGUAUUUAACAACUUUAUUGUAUAACAAAUGUAUUGUUAAGCACUUGCUGUAUUAUAUUUUGAAGUAUAAAUUUUAAAUAUGUCAAUUUGUUUCAUUUUAUUAAUAUUAAAGAAAAAAAUAAUAAUAAUUUGUUGUUUGUGUUCGGUCAUAAGGUUGUGUUUUGUUUUGUUUUUCACAUUGAUGCCUUUUAUGACCUUGGCUAGCUGUCUACACAUAAGAAGCAUCUACAAGUGCUCCACCUUGACUGUGCAUAGGGGGCAGUGGAACUAGAAAGCACACAAUCCUGGCCGGGACACGUCCUAGCUGCUUAAACUGAUUGCUGUUUAAACCAUUGGCCUUCAGCUCUGCAGACUUAACUGUCACCAUGGUACAUUAUCAAGUGGUAUUGCCAUUGGAUUGAAAUGGUUUGCCUGGAGCUGACAUGUCUCCUGUGUCAGUCUCACACCCAUGGAGCAGCAUUUAAGAACCUAUUAACUGAUUACAAUCACUGCAAUUUUUUUUGGUUUCAAAAAGUGCCUAAACAAAAACGUGUUGCAAUAAUUGCUUGCAGAAGUUGUUAGAAACAUCCCUAAAACAUUUAUUUUUAGGGACUCUGAAGUCCACUGUAGUGCAUUACUAUUUUCAAAAAAGUCUGAUUUUAUCAUUAAUACAAACUCUAUAAAAAAAAAAGGUCAAAACAAUGCUGAUACAUCAACAAGCAAUUAAGGACAUGGCUUCAAAAACAUCAGUUCUGUUGAUGAUCCUAGGAGCCUGAUUUCCCACUGUGGGUAAAUUGCUGCUCACAUCCUCAGAAUUUACACACAGUGGAAAAUACAGGCCUAGUUGUUUCGUUUCCUUUUUUCUAUAGAAAACAGACAUGUGUUUGUGAGUAAUAAAUUGUUCCUUUUGUACAAUAAUAUAUACUGAUAGCUUGUAAAAUGUGUGGUACAUAUUUCUAAUCCUACAGGUCUAUUUAUGAUGUAAACAGUGAUGGAAAAAUAAAAAUACAUCUUUCCCUUAAGAUAUUUAAGCACAGUUGUUAUAUUAACUUAUGAAGGGGUUCAAUAAAGCAGACCCCCGAUGUGUGACUAGAGAAACAGAUUUAAAGCAGAAGUAACCAUACAAAGAAAGGUUUGAUGUGGAAUGCACAUGUUGAAUUUGUCAGAAGUAUCUAUUUAUAAACGGAUCAGCAUGUGUAAAUGUAAAGCUAAAAAAAAGCAAGUGAAAGUGCUUGUCACAGCGUGCGUUGUUGAUAUUGGGAUUGCACAUGCAGUCACAUAGAUCUGGAAGGUGCUGUAACUACAGGGCAUGUAUGGCAAGAAACAAUCCUUGUCUCUUCGUUUUAUGCUUAACUUUGUAUGUUUUGGGGUUUGUUGGAUGUUUUUUACAGCCGAUGCAACAAAAAAAGGUUUUCAUUAUUAUUAUUUUUUUAGAUGAACACAUACCGUAUAUCUGUAAAAAUGCUGUAAAUGUAACAACUGUCAAACUUUUUAUUCCUUUCCUCUGUAAACCAUAUACAGGCCUAGUUGUGGUAAAUCAACAUUUAAAUUAGACUGACAAAGAAUUAAGUUUGCUUCUCAGAUUUGUAUAUUUUGUUUACUGAGUAGGAUACAUUAUAUAUACUUUAAAGGCACCUAUUUGUAACCCAAGGCACCAAUUUUAUUCACUGUUAUUGUUAUAUAAUUUAUGUGUUAAUCCUGAAUGAUAAGGUUUAUGCUUGGAAAUUUUAAUAAAAUAACUUUUUUGUAUA